AUGAUGUCAGAACAAGAUUUGGCAGAUGUUGUUCAGAUCGCUGUUGAAGACUUGACUCCAGACCACCCAGCUGUCUUGGAGAAUCAUGAAGUGACAGAUGACGAUGUAGAGCCUGCUCUGAAACGUCAGCGUAUAGAAAUUAACUGCCAGGAUCCCUCCAUUAAGUCGUUCCUGUAUUCCAUUAAUCAGACAAUAUGCCUGCGGUUGGACAGCAUUGAGGCAAAGCUGCUGGCACUAGAGGCUACCUGUAAAUCACUGGAAGAGAAGUUGGAUCUUGUGAUGAACAAACAGCACAGCCCCAUCCAAGUCCCCAUGGUGGCAGGUUCUCCUCUUGGCGCUACGCAGACGUGCAAUAAAGUCCGAUGUGUUGUCCCUCAGACCACAGUAAUCCUGAACAACGACCGGCAGAACUCAAUCGUUGCUAAGAUGGUUGGGCAGGAAGAGCCACUCAGCAGAGCAGCAGAUUCUCUGGAAAAUAUCCUUAGCAAUGCUGUUCCUGGCCGUAGGCAGAACACCAUAGUGGUGAAAGUUCCAGGGCAUGAUGACAGCCACAAUGAAGAUGGAGAGAGUGGCUCUGAGGCCAGUGACUCAGUUUCCAACAGUGGACAAUUAGGAAGCCAAAGCAUUGGGAACAAUGUCACACUUAUUACACUGAACUCUGAAGAGGAUUACCCCAAUGGGACGUGGCUGGGCGAUGAAAACAACCCCGAGAUGCGGGUGCGUUGCCCCAUCACCCCUGCUGACAUGCUGCACAUCAGCACCAACUGCCGCACAGCCGAGAAGAUGGCUCUGACCUUGCUUGAUUACCUCUUCCAUCGGGAAAUUCAGGCCAUCUCCAACCUUUCAGGCCAGGGGAAGCACGGGAAGAAGCAACUGGAUCCUCUCAUGAUUUAUGGAAUCCGCUGUCACCUGUUUUACAAAUUUGGAAUCACAGAAUCCGACUGGUACCGCAUCAAGCAGAGCAUAGACUCCAAAUGCAGGACAGCCUGGAGGCGGAAACAGCGAGGGCAGAGUCUUGCCGUGAAGAGCUUCUCACGGCGAACACCUUCCUCAUCCUCUUACAGUGGUUCAGAUCAUCAAGUCUCAACCCCUCCCCCCAGCAGAGCAGGAUUACCUAGAAACCAACCACAGGCACUUCACUAUGCACUAGCCAACGCUCAGCAAGUUCAGAUCCACCAAAUAGGAGAAGAUGGACAAGUCCAAGUGAUCCCACAGGGCCAUCUCCACAUAGCCCAGGUGCCUCAAGGCGAGCAAGUGCAGAUCACGCAGGACAGUGAGGGAAACCUGCAGAUACAUCAUGUGGGUCAGGAUGGGCAGAUUCCACAUAGAACCAGAAUUCCUUGCAUUGUGAUUCCAGCAAGAUACAAGCAGAGCUCAGGCAAGGUGCUGCAGGGAGCUCAGCUAAUCGCUGUCGCGUCUGCGGAGCCUGCGUCGGGGGGCGUCGAUGGAUCCCCACUCCAAGGGAGUGAUAUCCAAGUCCAGUAUGUGCAGCUGACCCCAGUGACAGACCACUCUGCCACUAAUCAAGGCACUGACACCCUUCAAUCAGCAAUCCAGCCAGAAAUGCAGAUAGAACAUGGAGCAAUCCAAAUCCAGUAAGAGAAUUGUGAAAAGCUGUGUCAACUGACAUGUCAGUGAACCACUGUCAGAAGUUAAGUGCUGUAGUCUUCGUGCAACGACAGGAGAAUGGAAAUGCCAAUUAGACUCCUGGUCACACUUCAAACAUCUCCUGCAAGGAGCAGAGUUCUCAUGAUCUGGUUGUCCUCACCUGGCAUAAAUCAGAGCCAUUUUCUGAAGUUGGAGCUGCACCACUACAUCAGUUGAGGAUCUGGCCUUCAGAAAAAAAAAAAAUU